CGCCCCGCGGCGCGGGGAGGUGCCCCAGGCGACCGCCUGCACGCCACACCCUCGGCACGGCCCUGGCCCCGCCCCCGGCCGGCGCGCGUUCCCGGCCAGGGGAGGCGUGUGCUGCUUCUGCAGCCAGCGAGAGAGGGAGAGGGAUGGAUAUUGGAGGAGGAAUUUGGGCUUAACAAGUGAUCGCUGCUGUCUAGGAUUUUCUUUUUCUGGGGAACCUUGACUUCCUUUCCCAAUCGUGCCCACCUGUGCUGAACUCCAGAGGAACCAGAAGUGUUGGGGUCUUCCUCGGGGCAGCCCUGAUCCCCACCCUGGGCUCCAGCAGCGAGGACUCUGUGCCCGCAGGCAACAGAACUUGUUCCGUGGAUAUUUUGCAGCUUCCACCUGCCACACCGGAGUGAUUCCUUCUACCCCCAAGAACAUUCUUCCCCUCCUCCAGCUGUUGCAGCUUGAGGGGAAAGACAAACCGAGCGGGGGUUUUCUUUAUAUUUAUUUUUCACUCCGCCUGGGAACGGUGAAGUACUUCUUCUGCAUGAUUUUAGCUGAAGGAUGCUCUGCAUUUCCUUGAUUUCUAUGGAGACCUCAGAGCUGGGUUUGCUCCUGCUGACACCUCAUCUUGUACCUUCUCUACCUCCCAAGGUCUUUGCCUCUCUCAAUAGCUUGGCAUUGCCCCUGGGUCCAGGAAGCCUAUGAUGAACUUAAGGGGAGCACCUGGAGAAUCAUCCUGAUAGGCUUUGAGCAGCAAUGGCUGGACAUACUUCAAGCCACAUGUUAACAUGGGUCAAGCCAUCACUAGAAGGCAAGUGCUAAGACUAAAGGCUUAUUUGCAUUUUAUUUAAAUUUGAUGGACUGAGCUUUGGACAAUUUCCAUGGCAGAAAAAUAUAUUCCAUUUUCUAGGCACAACUGCUGGCUGUCAGACACUUGCUGCCUUUGAAUCUUGCAGCAUCAUCACCAACCACCCUAGACGUAUUUCCAAAUUUGAACAGCCACCCUGAAACAGGUGUUUGGGAGACCCCAACAUUUUCUGACUUAGGCCUGAGAGUGCUAGGUUGUUUAUCUAGACCAGCCAAGCUCCAGAGAGCAAUGUUGAAUCCCUGGGAACAGAGAGCAUGGGGCGUGCUGAUUUAAAAACAGAAAAUGCAAAGUUGGACUGAAAAUAUCCUUAGUCUUCCAAGCAAUCUGCUUAAGGGUUCCAAACUUACCUUCAUUUGGUGACAAAAGAAGCUGCCCUAUUUUUCUUUCUUCUUCUUCUUCUUCUACAACUGGAACCAGCCAUUUCCAAAAACCACCACCAUGGAGGUUGCAAUGGUGAGUGCGGAGAGCUCAGGGUGCAACAGUCACAUGCCUUAUGGUUACGCGGCCCAGGCUAGGGCACGGGAGCGGGAGAGGCUUGCUCACUCGAGGGCAGCUGCGGCAGCCGCCGUGGCAGCUGCCACAGCUGCUGUGGAGGGCAGUGGGGGUUCUGGAGGGAGCUCCCACCACCACCACCAGUCGCGUGGGGCCUGCACCUCCCAUGACCCUCAGGGCAGCCGGGGUAGUCGGAGGAGGAGGCGCCAGCGGCCUGAGAAGAGGAGAGUCCACCACCGCCAGAGCAGCUUUCCUCAUUGCUCCGACCUGAUGCCCAGUGGCUCUGAGGAGAAGAUUCUGAGGGAACUGAGUGAGGAAGAGGAAGAGGAGGAGGAGGAGGAGGAGGAGGAGGAAGAGGAAGGAAGGUUUUACUAUAGUGAGGAUGACCAUGGUGAUGAAUGUUCCUACACGGACCUGCUGCCCCAGGAUGACGGGGGCGGCGGUGGCUAUAGUUCAGUCCGCUACAGUGACUGUUGUGAACGUGUGGUGAUAAAUGUAUCGGGCCUGCGCUUUGAGACCCAGAUGAAGACUCUGGCCCAGUUUCCAGAGACUUUGUUGGGAGACCCUGAGAAGAGGACUCAGUACUUUGACCCUUUGCGUAAUGAGUAUUUUUUCGACAGAAACAGGCCUAGCUUUGAUGCCAUCUUAUAUUAUUACCAAUCAGGAGGCCGCCUCAAGAGGCCAGUCAAUGUCCCCUUUGAUAUCUUCACUGAGGAGGUGAAGUUCUAUCAGUUGGGAGAGGAGGCCCUGCUCAAGUUUCGGGAGGACGAGGGCUUUGUGAGAGAAGAGGAGGACAGGGCCUUGCCAGAGAAUGAAUUUAAAAAGCAGAUUUGGCUUCUGUUUGAGUAUCCGGAGAGUUCCAGUCCAGCAAGGGGCAUAGCCAUCGUCUCGGUCCUGGUCAUCUUAAUCUCCAUUGUCAUUUUCUGCCUGGAAACUUUACCUGAGUUUAGGGACGACAGGGAUCUCAUCAUGGCACUGAGUGCAGGCGGGCACAGUGGGUUGUUGAAUGACACCUCGGCACCCCACCUAGAGAACUCAGGGCACACCAUCUUCAACGACCCCUUCUUCAUCGUGGAGACAGUCUGUAUUGUUUGGUUUUCCUUCGAGUUUGUGGUUCGCUGCUUUGCUUGUCCCAGCCAAGCACUCUUCUUCAAAAACAUCAUGAACAUCAUUGACAUUGUAUCCAUUUUGCCUUACUUCAUCACCCUGGGCACUGAUCUGGCCCAGCAGCAGGGGGGUGGCAACGGUCAGCAGCAGCAGGCCAUGUCCUUCGCUAUCCUCAGGAUCAUCCGUCUGGUCCGAGUAUUCCGGAUCUUCAAACUCUCCAGGCAUUCCAAAGGCCUGCAGAUCCUGGGCCACACCCUCAGAGCCAGCAUGCGGGAGCUGGGACUUCUGAUCUUCUUCCUCUUCAUUGGGGUCAUCCUGUUUUCCAGUGCUGUGUAUUUCGCAGAGGCAGAUGAACCUACCACCCAUUUCCAAAGCAUCCCAGAUGCGUUUUGGUGGGCCGUGGUUACCAUGACAACUGUGGGCUAUGGGGACAUGAAGCCCAUCACUGUGGGGGGCAAGAUCGUGGGGUCCCUGUGUGCCAUUGCAGGUGUCUUAACCAUUGCUUUGCCAGUGCCAGUGAUUGUCUCUAACUUUAACUAUUUCUACCACAGAGAGACUGAGAAUGAGGAACAGACACAGCUGACACAGAACGCAGUCAGUUGCCCAUACCUCCCUUCUAAUUUGCUGAAGAAAUUCCGGAGCUCUACUUCUUCUUCCCUGGGGGACAAGUCAGAGUAUCUAGAGAUGGAAGAAGGAGUUAAGGAAUCUCUCUGUGCAAAGGAGAAGUGUCAGGGAAAGGGGGACGACAGUGAGACAGAUAAAAACAACUGUUCUAAUGCGAAGGCUGUGGAGACUGAUGUGUGAAUCUUGUUCUCCACCUGCCACUGCCUCCCCCCACCCCCAGCCCCAGUAUCUCCAAAUAUAUUUAUGCAUAGAGAGUGGAGUUAUGAAAAUGAAAUAUGCAAACGAAUCUAAUGCAUAUAGUAGUACACCAUUUAAUGGUUAUACGUGACAUAAUUGUUACUCAACUUGUAUUACAUAUCAAAUAAAUGAUACAUCUUGGAGAAGAGGGAGGCUAAAAUAGGAGCAAAUCUUAUCUUUAUAUUUUUUAUUAGAAUGCAAGAAUUUUGCACACUAACUGGAAAAGAUGUUAAAAGUAAAGGUGGUUCUGUGGAGAGAAGGUAUAUGUGUGUUUGUGUGUGUGUGUGUGUGUGUGUGUGUGUGUGUGCGUGUGCGCACAUGCACACGUGCUGCGUGCGUGUAUGUGCAAGUAAAUUGUCAACAUUGUUAGUAAUUGUGCAGUGAUGGGAAGAGUUGGCAUUUUGAAGUAUUUACUAUGUAAGAACUAAUGAAUUUGAGCAGUCAUUUAUCAGUGCUCUGAUAGCAUCUCAUGUCUUUGGAUUCCAUAGUUGUUUUUUAAAAAUUGUAAGAAUUACUGUGUAGGGGGAAAAAAAAAGCAAAGUGAAUUAUUUAAUAGAAUAUAGGUCACAGUUUUAUCUUGGAUUUAAUUAAAGUUUAUUUUUAACUGGAAAUUAACUUUUAAAAAGGCUUCAGGGGCAUUUAGAAAUUGAUUAUAUUUUAUUAUUAAUUUGGGGGAAGAUAUGACAGCAAAUGCCUAACAAUAAUGGAAGAAGUGAAAUCAGAGAAAAUGUAACAAGUUUUGUUCACAGAUAACAGGACUGGAAUUUUUUUUUUCCUUUGCACUACUUUAUAUGAUGGAGAUUGAGAGAGACUUCCUACUGUGAGUGUUUACUAAUGUAACAGUUCAGUGACAAUCAUUGGAAGAAUGAUUUCUUAGUCUUAUUUUAUGUUCUCUUCUUUUCUUUGUGUGAGACUAAUGGCCACGCAGAUAACAGCACAUGGUUCCCUUCUUUUAAAAUCUAAAUAACUGAUCUGCAAAGGGACUCUGAAGUAAAAUUUAGCAACAGAAUCUUUUAGAAAUUGGACUGUGACAAUGAUGCUUCUGAAACCAUACUAUUUUAAUUAUUCUUCUGCCUUUUAAAUGCGGAAUAAUUUAACCAAAGUUAAUGCAUGCACUGAAAGAAUUCUUGAAGAAAAUAAGAUGCCCAGCAGCUACAGUGAUUAUGGCUUAAGAGCUUUCUAUUAAAUGUGCAACGUAAAUGCUAGAUUUAUUAAGUUUAUUUCUUUGUGCAGCUGCAUAAAGGCACAGGGUGGGUAUUCACCUCAGAAUUUAGCAUUCCACUUGCUAAAAAUGAUACAAAGAAGGAUUGUGUCAAAACAUUUGGUUUCAAUAUCACCAUCGCUAUCAGUUUUGUAAAGGGAACUUGUGACACAUGUAACUGCACUUAAAUCAUGACAAGAUGUUCUAGAAUGUGAGGUAACAGCUAGUAAUCGGACUUACACUAGUAAGUCAUAAUGAGAUAUAGAGUAGCAAAUUUAGAAUGCAUAAGAGGCCUUAUUCUCUAAUGUUUCUUCAACAUCUAUUCUUUAUAAAAUGGUUGUCCUGAGGUUUGGGAAAAAUAUACUAUGUAGCACGUAAUGAACUCUGACAACUGUGAAUUAAAAAAAAAGAAAAAAGAAAGGAAGAAAAGAAUGAUCAAGAAUAGCUUUUCUCAAGCUUUUAAAUCCCAGGCCAUCAUUUGAUAAUAACAUAAAUCUUUAAUGAUAUUUGAAAUUCAAAAUAAAUCCAUGUUAGAUUUAAAAGCAAAGCUACACCCUUCUCCCCACCCCAUCCCCACCAGUUAAAGAAAAAUACCUUUCAAGAAUACCUGUUGGAGAAUGAAAGGCAGUAAGCGGGGGAGUUGAUUGAAUGUUCUGACCAAAGAUCUCCAGUAGACAAUAGUGAAUGAUAAAACAAGGAUAUGCAAUCUUGUAAUAAGAUUUCAAAGACGUCAUUUUAAUAUAUUUUGGAUUUGAAGCAAAAAUAUAACAAACAGACUAGGAGUAAGGCUAUCUGGGUUGGUCACUAUUCAUUUGAAAAAGUCACCAUUAAUCUCCACACCCCAAUUUCCUCAUUAGUAAAAAAAAAAAAAGGGCACAUAAAGGCUUUCGUUACUUCAUAGAAUUGUUAUGGAAAGCAAAUAGCAUGUGAUAACUCAGAAAUGCCUAGUUCCAUAUAAAUGCCUGAUGUUAUGUCCACAUUGCUUAAUCUUCCUCUGGAAAGAGAAGAAUUAGAACCCCUGUGUUAUGGGGCACCGGGGUGGCUCAGUCCGCUGAGCUUGGGACCUUGGCACAGGCCAUGAUUUCCUGGUGCCUGAGUUCAGGCCCCUCAUGGACUCACUGAUGUCAGUGAGGAACCUGCUUUGGAUCCUCUGUCCUCCUCUCUCUGCUCCUCCCCCACUUGUGCUCUCUCAAAAAUAAACAAACAUUAAACAAAAGUUAAAAAAAAAAAAAGAAGAACCCAGGAGUUACAUCUGCUUUAUUAGGAUGUGGUGAAAAUCAUGGGUAAUUUCUUUAAUUUUGAGCUCCUUACAGGAAGUGGAUAUGCAGACACAAGAUAGCCUCUCAUUGAAUAAUUGCUACAGUUUCUUCACUUGGGGGAAAGAAAGAUCCCGGGCAUGUCCUGGUGUAAAAAAGUUGACUCUGUGAGUGAGGUACCAUGUAUCUUUUUCUGUACCCAACUAGGUCAGAUUAUAUUUUAGAUAAUUUAAAUGCUAUCCAGCAUUGGAUGUUUAUUGAACAUUCAAUAAUCCCAAUGGCAAUGAUUUGGCUAUGCUUGGAAGGGAAAAGGUAUUACAUUUCUACCACAGCUCCUUUUUAAAGCUGAAAGUUAUAAUAAAUUUAGCCGAUACGUAUUAGAUUUGAUAAUUCUGUGAAUUCAAGAAAUAUAGUCCUUUUGGGAUCCUGGGAUUUUCCUGUAUCUUACAUAGUUUUUUUUAAGUGUAAUACAGACGAGAAGUGACAGCCAUGGGCUUCCAAAGCAAAUAUUAGGUUAUCACUACAUGUAUGUGUGUUGGUUUGCAUUUUCUUUCAAGAUGCAUUUAUUUUAGGAUGUCUGAAUCUUGAUUCCACACUAAGAAGAAAGCAUGCAAGCCCUCAAGAUUUGUCUAGGGCACUUUUGUAUGGAACACUUCUCUUGUAGAGAAUGUGUGAAGGUAGAGAAAGUGUCAAUUGCAGCUGUGAAUGUAUAACAUUUUUCCAAGUUAAAGCUAGCUAAGCAAGGUGCUUUAGUACCAUUUGUAAAAAUUUUAUCUACUGAGUAAUAUGCUUUCAGAAGCUAUUUGUAACUGACAUUUAGGAAACUCUCCUCUCAGAGGCCACCACACACAUUUGGCUGUAAGAUAAAAGAAAAGUGGCCCCAUUUAGAGAUUUGAAUUUUGGGAACCUCGGAUCCUCUAGUUGCUUUUCAGAUGAUAAUGUUACCAGAAGUACAAUAUUUGAAGGUCAUCCUAACCAGAGUUUUUUCAAGGGUGGAUACAUUGUUCUCUCUUUUAAAUGUUUGAAAGGGAAACAGUUAUGCAGACCAGUUAUGGAGAAAAGAGGACUAAAUACUCCUUUCAAUUUCUGCAAAAUAGAGCUUUUGGGUGCCAAAGGAAUGAUGGAUGGUCUGGGAGUGGAGAGAUGGCUCGUUGACAUUGACACAUCAUUUCAUCUUGACUCUCAGGUGUUUUGUUUUGUUUUGUUUUGUUUUGUUUUUAAGUGUACAACCAGGCUGUUGUGCUACAUUAUCGCUUGAUUCCUUUUAGCACCAAAAUUCUCUGGAGUGGAAGGAAGUUAUUAGACUAGCUGGAUAUUUUCUAAGUAUUCAAAUCAUAUCGGUCUUGAUAUCAUAGGUAAUAAGAGCAAAAACAGUUUAAAAUCUCACUGUUGGGUUAAAUAGAGAACCAGAGAUUUUGAGAUUGAGUUUUUAGAAUGUAAAUGAAACUGAAUGAAUAGGGUGUAUUUUGAAGCUCUUUAUUCUAACAACGAAAGGGAAGGGAUUCCCUUAAUAAAAAAUAACUCAGACUCCAGUUGAAUACAUGUGAAAGUUGGUAAGUAAACAUUUUGAUUUCUUGCUUUGUUAUAGUACAGUCUUGUCAGUAAACGAGUGUUCCGACCUAUGCUGGGGAACUCAUUUUAUGCCUAAGCACAUGUAGUAUUUCACAAGUGUCACUGCUUUCCUUGUCAAAUUAGUUUUGUUUUUAAUGUUUAUUUAUUUUUGAGAAAGAGAGACAGAGCAUGAACAGGUGAGGGGUUACAGGGAGUGGGAGACACAGAAUCCAAAGCAGGCUCCAGGCUCUGAGCUGUCAGCACAGAGCCUGAUGUGGGGCUCGAACUCACAAACCCCGAGAUCAUGACCUGAGCUGAAGUCGGACACUUAACUGUCGGAGCCACCCAGGUGCCCCAGCUUGUCAAAUUAGUUUUAAACAGGAUCACUGAAGGUUUGUGAAAAUGUUUUCAUAAAACAUCUGUUGAAAUAGAAUCCAAUCUAUGCAUAAGAAAUAACUAUGGAAAAUACUUUUGAGUUCAGAUAUAUAUCCAGUUUUUAGAAAGUCAACAUUAGCCAGUAGAAAGUUAUUUUUAAUUGCACUGGAAUCAUAAACAGUAGUAUCUCCACAUCCCAACAGAAUCAGAAAUGGUGUUCUCUGUUGUUGAUUUUGAGGAUUGUGAUGCACCUUUAGCCACCACAUCGCAGCUGUUCCUAGGUAAAGUGGCAAAUACACCUAGGUUGGUUUUACAGUUUUUGGUGAGCAUGUGAUGUGCUCAUGUGCAUGAUGCAGAGUGUAACAUCCCUCUUUAUGUGUGUGUGUGUGUGUGUUUUUUUAUUGAUACAGUAUAGAAUGAUUACGGGUUGUCAUUCAGUGGCAAAGGGGCCUGUUCCAGGAAAUCUUCCUGACCCAAAAGUCAUUCUGAAUUCGGCAAGGGACAUUUGGUGUGGACAAAAGGUACUUCUUGGUUUUCCUGCCUGCAAAGAAGCUUGACUCAAAACACAGGGUCAUCCAAACCAAUGUAACUGUUACAGGUUAGAAAACAAUCCUACUUUCUAGUACGAAGAUCAGUAUUCCUAUUUGAAAGAAUGUUGAUGGAGUGGUUUGUGUUCAAGAUUGAAGGAAGCAGAGCUAUUUUUGCGGUAAAUGGGAAUGUGUACUUCUGAAAUGUAAAUUAAGAUUAGGACUGUGAUAUGAGUUUUAUUUCUGACUUGGUUCUCUGUUUCCAUAGCAGUCCCAAUUUCUUACAGUAUCUUCAUAAAAAAGUAUGCUAAUACAUAUCAGACCAUAUGGCCCAAUUUGAGGUACAGAAAAUAUGGUUACUUUAUUUACGGAUAAAUAAAUUAAUCCCAGGGUAUGAGUUGGGUGCUUUGAAAAACAUAGCAUAUAGUAAUGAGCUAUGGCUCUAAGUGAGGCUACAACAUAUUCCCUUUCAGGCCUGUAGGUAAUACGAAAUGGUACCAGAAUAGAUAUAUCAAGGAAAUAAAAUGCUAAAGAAGGCAUCUUAAUGUUGUCUAGGGAGGGAUUUUCCCACAUCCACUGAUCAUGGUGUUGCUGAUUUGCAGUCAAGUUUUUGAUUUAUUUAACAUCAUUGGUAUCUUGGAAGGAGAAUUUGUAUCCAGAGUACCAGGAGCUAAAUGAUUUUGAUCGCUGAUCCACAAAUAGUUAACUUCUGCUUCCUGAUUUGCAAAUUACCUGUUGUACAGAUUGUCCAAAACUAGUUUCUCAUCUGAGUUGGCUUUACUCAGGCUCAAAACCAUGGUCUCCCUUUCAAUAGCCAGGCUAGAAACAUGCAAAAUUGUAAACAGAAAACAAUAUACUACAAAGAAACAACAAAUACCCUGAAACUAGGUAGCCAAGUAAACUAUUUGGAAAACCAAAUCUGUUGUUCAAAUUAAUGUUUAUGUACCUCAGAAUGAAAUGUGAAGGAUUUAGGAAUAACCUUUCCCGGGAACUAUCUCCUUGCCAUUAGCAGAGUUAACCAGGAGUGACUAUUGUGUGUUGUAAAGCAGAAAUGAGCUACUGAGAUAUUAUGCAAGUUAACAUUUUCUGUGAAAAUGGCAGAAAUGCUAACUUACCUUAGAAGUGGUCAUGAUAGUAAUUAUUAGGAAUAACUAGUGAAUAUGGAAAAUAUGCUGUUUUUUCCCAGUUAUUGGUGUUAUGUGCAAAUGUACUUGGAUUAAUUUUUCAUGACUUUGUAGACCAAAGGCAUAUUUUUAAAGCCACAGAACAUGAAGGCAUUUUUAUACACAGCUUCUUAAGCUACUGACUGUUGAAGAAUCAGUCACCUCUUAAAUCAGUGAAAUAAAUAGCCCCUGUGGAUAUUGACUACAGUUGUACCAAUGCUGAGCCAAAUAUUUAUAUUUGUUUUAAAAUAAUUAGAUUAAUAUUUAUUCAUAUGUUUAUAUACAUAUCAUAUAUUUAAUAUUCUGCCUUUAUUCUGGCCAAAGAUAUAUAAGCAAAAUUAAUUGUCUAAGGCAUUGCAAGAGACUUUCUGAAAUGAAGUAAAAGUGUAUAAUUCUUUUGUGUUUGGGGAAAAUGGUGAGACCUAAGGAUUGAGGAACCUUUCUUUACACUCUAGGUUGGAUUUUGUGCCAUACAACCACAGUGGUAUUAGGGCUAAGCUCUGAGAUAUUCCAUGCGGUAAGGAUAUAUGGGGUUUCAUUCCCAGGAAGGGUUGAUUUUUAUGUUUUAUGAAACAUUGCAAAAUGUUUGUCUUAUUUUUCAUGGUCAUUAUUCCCAUUACAUAAAGGAUACAUAGAGCAUGGAAACUAGACUAUCUAGCCCCAUAGAGCUACUUUGUGCUCUCUAGAAAUCAAUUAACUUAAAGCCAUUAUUGUUCUGCAUUUUUAUCGUAGCUGUUGUUUGAUGUGACUUCCUUAAUUCUCUUAGGUUCAAUUACAGUAUUAAAAAGUCUCAGGUUGUUUUUGUUUUGGGCAAAUAUUUCAAUAUCUCAGCCUCUGCAGGCACUCACACACAAAACUGUAAGAUAAUUAGAAAAUCUCAUAUCUCUUAGAGACUAGGGCUGUAUUAUCUGAGCUCCUUCAAUGAUAGGGACACAUUAGUUAACAUAGAGGAUGCAUGUUAUUCUAUUUAUAAACUUAAUUCACUCAUACCUGAGUAGAUUGAUGGUUCCCCUAGAGAACACUAAUGUGUUCAUAGCAUUUGAACAAGUCUUUUUUUUCUUCUUCAAUUGGUAGGGAUCAUGAUCCAAACGAGGCUUUCAUUCGCUAGCAGAUAAGGUAGGAAAUAAUUAAUGAAGCUCCCACUGGACUGAAAUAUAGCAAGGGGUAUGGAAUCUCUAGGGAAUAUAGUAGGAUUUAUAUUUAUUUGUUUAUUUGUCAUUCCUAAUUGGUGUUGUUGACAUUACUGUUGGGGGGAUGGAUUUUAAUUUCAGGGUGAUUUACCUAAUAUUAAAAUGAAUUUCGAUAACAAAAUAGAGAUCAUAAGUUCCACACUAUCUCAUUAGCUUGAGGAAUAACUCUAGUUAAAUAUUUUAAGAUAUUAAUUUGAGAUUUGGAGAUUGCAGUUCAUAUUUAGAGCCAUUUAUUUGGAGAGAGAUUUAGCCCAUAAAUAAUGAUUCAUUUAUUCAGGUUUCUUGAGAGGUUAAUGGAAUCUCUUUAUUUUUCUUCCCUGUCUCCUGACUUUUGAAAACUAUAUUUAAAUUUAUGGAUUAUACUUAAAUUAGUGGUUAUGAAUUUUCUUUUACCAAACCAAGUGAUAAACUUGAUUACAAAUUGAUCAGAGGAUGACAAGAUCAUUUGAUGGGUUUUUUUUUUUUUGCAACAUUUGCUAUUAAUCAGUCUGAUUUCAGUAUAUAUGGAAAACAACAUAACAUAAUGCAUAUACCAUAUUAGAAUCUAGAUAACCGAGAAGGUAUACUCGGAAUAGAUUUUCCUUCUGGGAUCCUAGAUGUGUUCUCAGAGUUCUUGACCUGUUUCCUCCAGAUCUGAGUGAGCCAACCGGUGUGAAGCUAGUAAACUGCUUUUUUCCUGGUAUAGCAACAGGGUGUAAGAAGGAUCAAGGGCUAAUUGGGGCAUUGGGGAAUGGAAGGGAGGUAGGCAAGGGGUAAGGAGUUUUGCCUAAGUGAGGUCAUUCAUUUGAUGGUGAAAAUAGGUAGAUCAGACUGAAACUUCUUCAUUUGGUAAUGCUAUUAAUUUUUUUUUAAUCUAGGAAAUCCAGAAAAGCAGAUUGAUCACUUAGUAUUGGUACCAGAUGUAGUAAGCAUGUGUAUGUAUAUGUACCAAUAUUCUAACUCCCUUUGCUGGUAUUCUCAGAGCACUCACAUACCAUUAAACCAAAGCUGCGUCUUACUAAGGGUAAAACUCACUUUUCCCUUCAGAGCAAGAGUCACAUUCUUAAAAGAUUGCCAUGCGGGCACUUAUAUUUCACAGAGGAUAAUCUCCCCCACCCUUAAUCCAAUGCAGAAUGUUAAUGUGGUAGGUGUAUUAAAACUAAGAAUUAAGCAUCAAUUGAAGCCCUAAGAGUGCUUGUCACUAACACAGAGCUGAAUGAUGUGUUUAUGCUGGUUAUUGCUGGUGUGCAAUUCUUAGAGGAAUGGAAAAAUCAUAAAAUCUGUGCAACAUAAUUAGAACUUCUUACUGUCAUCGUAUGCUCCUUGCUGAUUUAGUUGCUGCUGCUGCUCAACCAAAGAGAAGACAUGUCAUUUCACUACUAGAAUCCACAUACUUCACAGGCUUCAAGGCAGUGUGAGAAACAGUGGGGGAAAGAAAGGGUUAGAUUAGACAGAUAAGGGUGAAGCAACAUACAGUAUUUUAAGGUGUGAAUCAUCUUGUGACACCAGACUAUUUUUACUCACUCAAGGGACUGAGUUGAAUUUUUGGAUAGGAGAGGCUCUGUUUAGGAAUUACUGUUCCCUUUUUGUUUGUGGUAUCACUGUUGGAAAUCAGUCUAGCAUGGGAUAAAUACUGCCAUCAUUGUUAAAAUAAGCUGAAGAUUACAUACCAGAAACAUGUUUUUAUUUCAGUUGUGAAAAGCUGUAGUUGUGUUAUAAGCUCUGCAAGAGGGAUUAGAAAGUCACUCAACUUUUAAAAAUUUUACUGCACCCCUGAAAAGAUUUGGACGGGAAAUUAAAGUAGAAGAUUCUAAGUUCUGACCAAAUAUAAACUUGUUCAAAGGUCUCCUUUUUAGUUUCCUGUUUCAAUCUUUUCCCCCAGUUACUAAACCUGUUUUUUUUUUAACUGCAGAAAUAGACAUUAAAAUGCUUGGCACCCCCAUCUUCCCCAUACCCCGCUGCACCCCAUUCACACUUAUUUCCGUGAAAGCCCAGAUCAGGAAGUCUUCUGCUAUCCCAAGUUCACAAAUUUCUCAGGGGGAGGUUUUUUGUAUGAUCCAGGUAGACAUUUUCCCAUUUUAUAAAUCAGGUCAUUCCAGUGCAAACCCGGAAGCUUCUACAGUCACCUGCAAUGUGAGUCUAUUAUGUUCUGUUAUUAUGUUGGGUAUUGUCUGCCUAUUACUGAACAGCUGGGAUUGUAGAAACAGCUGGAUGAUUAGUUGUGUAUUUUGCAUUUUUCACUCAGAUGCUUUAUUACUGUGUAGAAACACCCUCAGUGUAGAAUGAGCUGGGACUAUAAUAGCAGAAAUCUUGUUCUGUGCAACUGUUGUUAUUAGGAAUUUAAUCAAGAAAAUUCAGGGCAAACAGUUUGGCUAUUGUUUGCUUUGCAAACAUAUUGUUAGAUACAGCGUACUCAUUUCAACUUUUAGUGAAACAGUUGAUUUACCAAAUUUUAAAAUGCCUCUUGCGAUAUUCCUUAGGCUACUGAAGCUAUGCUUUGGCUGUUACAUUUAUUUGCUUCAGGGGAAAUGUCUACACACGAUGAGACAUUACCUGAGUUUUGCAUUCACUGCUGGCAAGAGGAGCUGACAGAGCAGGCAGGCUUCAGUCCUCUCAUGCACCAGAAUCUAUUUUUAGGUUUGUCCCUUUGUGACUAGCUUCAACCCUGACUAGAUGGGGUUGAAAUUUAAAGACAAGGCAAUGCUUUAUUAUGAUGAUCUGUAGGUUUAUAAAACUUUGGUAUUGUGAACGGGACAUAUUUAAUUCAGGUGCUGUUUGUCGGUUCCUCACCCAGGGCUAAAAUUAGAAUAAAAAGGGUGUACAGACUUCUUUUCUUUCACCAAUUAUUUUUUCAACAGAUGUUUGUUAGACUCAUGCUAGAUGACUGGGCUGUGCCCAUGUUCCGAGUCUCCAAAUGUACUAACACUUCAAAGAAUCACAGUCCAUGUAGAAGGAUUUUUGAGUUACGGAAAGAUUCCUUUUUCUAAAUAACAGGAUUCUCAUUUAUUAUUACUAUUAGUCCCCCCCUCCCCCAACCCUGAAUCUAUAUAUGUGACUAGGUCUUGUUUCUCCUUGGAGAGUGAAUUUCCAUGCUAUCAUGCUUUGAUAAUAAUUUUUAUAAAUUAUAUCUUGUGUUCUGUAAUGUGCUUCAUUUUCUGUAAUAGCUUCUAUAUAAACUGCAUAGUAAAUGGGACUGAAUUCCAACUUGCCAGUUUUUUUAUGAUUCUUGCAUGAAUAAUAACAAGUCAGUGCUUUCAAAUAGUAGAGGUGAUUGUACAGAAUAUUUACUUCUUUUAAUCCCCAGAACUUCUAUUUCUUCUAUUUAAUAGCAUGUGAUUAAAUUAUAAGUGAGAGAAAGUGGAUUUGACUGAAAUAAUAAACAUCUAUGAAACAGUAAAUGAUAAUAAUAUUUUUUAUUCUAAAGUAGGUUUUUUCCAGGACCAUGGUUCUGCCACUCCUCCCCAUUUAAAAACAAAACAAACAAAAACACCUAUAUCUUUGUCCUUGGGAAAGGCUUGCUUGCCAUUGAUAGUGCAUUUACAAUUUUUGACUUGAAUAAAGACCUGGGUUUCUUUUUUGGAGAGAUGUGAAAAAGAUAGUUCUUUUUGUGGACAUUUCUACUGAGACAAGCCAAAUGAAAUAGCAUCAAUUACAUGGUUAAGUCAGGGCAGUUGAGGCAGACUUUUGGGAUUUUUCUGAGGUGCCUCUAUCUACAUUGAUCAGAUCCCAUAGGUGUUUGCUCAGGUUUCCAUUUGCUUUCAAGAUGAUGUCUGAUUUCUUUCUCUUGGAUUUCAGACUUUCACAUUUGAAAUACAGUCGCAAUAACAUUUUCAGCUCUCUCUAACUAGCUUUAACUUCUUAACAACUCAGACUUUUCCUGUGAAAUAUAUCUUAAAGACUACCUUGUUUAUUUUCCGACUGUUUCAGAGCAUAACAUUAGAGACACUGGCUUUUAGUCUUCAUUCACACCAAACAACCAUUAUCUUUAAUUGAAGCCACUUCUACUUGAAGCCAAAACACUUGGUGGAGUCAGUGAAGGGGAAAAAAAAAAAAAAAGCCAAGGCACUGUGAAGUCAGACAUUCAAUUCUGCUUCAUUAAAGCCAUUAGUAUCAAACACAUCCUGGAUUCUCUUUAAAUUUGAGUUUCCAAUUGCUAUCUAUUCUGUCAGGGAAAUACCUUUAAUUGUAAAAUCAUUAUGUUGUAGGAUUUUUAUUCUAACUUUAGCAAACUGCAACUAUUCUUGUGCCUUAGAAAUAUGACAUUCUGUAAUGAACCCAUUAUUUAUGUGAUUUCUUAAAACUAAGAUUUUUUUCCUUUGCAAUUUUUCAUGAAAGUAUUUGCAAACUAGAAAUAUAUAUUUUAGCCUAAAUUAACAGACACAUAGUUAAUAUUUGAAGAUCUUUGGGCAAAUAGCUGAAUUGCUCAUUGUUAUAGUAUAAAGGAGGAACUAACUAUAUAUAUUUAAUAUAUAUAACAUAUAUGUUUAACAUAUAUAUGUUAAUAUAUAAUAUAUAAACAUAUAUGUUUAUGUAUAUUUAAUAUAUAUGUGUUUAUAUAUGUAUUUAAUAUAUAUUUAUUGUCAAAACAUUCUGUGUGGUUCAUUUAUAAGUAUUUUAAUGGAAGCCAAGUGCAUUUAAAAUAUAUCAGAAUUUUUCUGUAUCUAUUCAGAGUGUAUAAUUUAGAAAUGUGGUAUUACAUUAAGUAGAUUACAUUUCUGAGAUUUUAAAUAAAUUCAUAUCAUAUAAUGUUAACUCUAUUUAGGGCCUAUUUUUUUAAAACAUACUAAAUAGCCUCACAGGCUAUGUGUGAAUGUUUUUAGAAUAGGGUUUGGCAAUUUGAAAGCCUGUCUCCCUAGAAAAGCAAUAUGUUUUCAGAAGAAAAGUUCUCUUUAUGUACACAUUUGAAUAUAAAUAUGUUAGCCUAACUAUCUUUAACUUUUAUUUUGGAUCUUGAUCUUACAGUUUGGUUCUAGGUUUUACUUUUUCUGGCACCAAAUGGGUGGCUUCUAUGGCAUUAAAUAAUCAUUAAUUAUUUAUUUCCAUUAAAAUAAAACUUUGCCUUAAAAAUAGGAGAGACUAAUAAUUUGUGCAGAUUGACUCCUAGAGAAUUAGCACAUAAAACAUAUUUUUCUUUCUUUAUUAGUCAUGUAAAGCAAUUUCGUAAUAAUCUUGUUUUUCUGCCUUUUUUAAAAUUUCAAACUCACAUUAUUUCACUAAGUAUUUAUUGCAGCCUUGUCAUGCUAUUUAUCUAAACCUAACUGCUUGGCAUAGAGAAGUAAACCUCUUGAUCCCCAUAGAAUAGUAUUAAAAGCAUCUUGUUAUAAUCUCUCACCAGAAAGAUGGUUCUAUGGCAGAUAUUCAAGGAGAGUAUUAUAGGUAACUCCAGGGCAUUUAAUAGAAAGUAUGGACAACUUAAGUGAUUCAAUUUCAUUAAAAAAAAAAAAAGUUCAGGUCUCAUAGCUCCAAUUGUUUAAAUGAUAUUAGUUGCCAAAUGUUAAUUAUUAUCGAAUGGUCAAAUGAAAACCUGAGGGAUGAGGUGUAGAGAUAUGGAGGGUUUUGCUAUUAAAUAAAAUAAUAUUUUUGUUUUUAUUUUUAUUAUUUUUUAAUAUGAAAUUUAUUGUCAAAUUGGUUUCCAUACAACACCCAGUGCUCCUCCCAACAGGUGGCCUCCUCAAUACCCAUCACCCCCCCUCCCCCCCUCCCACCCCCAUCAACCUUCAGAUUGUUCUCAGUUUUUGUUUUUUGUUUUUUUUUGACAUCAUUGUUACCCCUAUAAGCAAGUCAUAAUUAUUGGUUGCUAUUUUUUCUAUAGAUAAGAACAAGAAGGUUAGAUUAACCAUGAAGAAGCAAAAUUUGCCUUUGUAUGUUUCUGCUGGUGGCUAUAACACAAAUCUAUUAUCUUAUAAUUUCUAUCAUUACCAUGUUAAUAUAAUCAUAUUUUGGUAAUUUGUUAAUUUCCAGUGAAGCCUAGGUGGUAAUCCAGAUUGUGUGCUUUGCAGUCUGUUAGUAGUUAGCGGAUGGGGAGACAUGGUCAUAGAAUUUGCCACUAUUACUACUAACUAGUACUAUCAACAUAUCUGUGCUGAAAGUUUUUUCUUAUUUUUUUAUUUCUUUCUCAGAUUCUCUUAGGAGAAUAGUAUUUAAUUUUAUUUUGUUUAAGGAAAGUUUUAUUUUUUAGGAGAGUGUAUCCAAUCCAUCUUUGAAAUACAGAUCACAUGGCAACAGUAUUUGGGAGAAGCAGUAGUAUGUGUUUGUGGUUUUGGCCAGUUGGGUUGUUUGUCCAUAACCAAAUGAAGACAUCCGUGCUUUUCCUUGAUUAAGUGGCUGAUAUAUGCUUUGUAUAUAUGUGAAGUGUUUUCAAAGAGACUCCUACACAGCUGACAAAAGGGUCUUCAUUUGUAUUCAUGCUAGUGAAGAAAGCUUCCUACUUAGCUUGGUUUGUGCUAUGUAAUGACAUUCGAAAUUCAAGGUUGUGUGGUAUGCUCCAUGAAUUCCAGCAGUUUGUAAGAGGCUCUGAAGCAUUUGAAUUGUGCCUUUAUAGUGGUGAGGAUGACCAAAUUAUCUACUCAUUGCUUUUGUGGGUUCUGUGCAUGUGUUUUCAUAUUUUUUUAAAGCACCAUUAAAGCUUGUUUAUCUCAUUCUAGUAUUUCGGAGUGUAACGUAAUGAUUGCAUAUAACAAUGAUGGCAUGUGAUCAUAAUGAAGAGAGUUCCAAUUAAGGCCAGAGGAGUUAUUUUAAAUAUUUUUUACCUAAAUACUACUCUAUUAUGUUCUCAAUAUGUAAAUAGAGAAGGGAGGGGGGAGGAAUUUUGUUAUUGUAAUUGUAACACCUUUUUCCCUAAGCAUUUUUAUCCUACCUCAAUGUAAUUAUAACAUAUUUAUAAUUUGAAUUGUGUUUUCCCUUGAAUGUAAUAUCUCUACCUUUUUCUUAGUGUUGCUACAUAAUUUUUUAUUUUCAUUUUUUUGCCAUGAUUUUGUGUCUGCACCAUAUUCCAUGGAAUCAAUGCAUGUCAUUUUCUUGUUCAUUCCAGUAUGAUGGAUAUUUUCUAAAUUGCUUAUUUUUUUCAUUAUAAAUAAAACUAUGAUGAAUAUUUUCAUGAAUAUAAUAUUUUAAAAUAUCUUUUUACUAUUUUUAAAGCUAUUUUCCUAGAGGAAGUUGUUUUUAAAUAAAGGGAUUUUAAUUUGAAAUGAUAUUGCAUUGUUUUCCAGUAUAAUGCAAUAUAUUAAUAAUGAAUCUAGUGGGGCAAGAAAUAAAUUUUGAAAAUAAUUCAUUUUAUGUUCUCUGCCAUUUAGCAAGCAUUAAUCAUUUAUAUAUCAAUAAUGUAAUGGCUAUUUGUUGACCUCAGGUUUGCCUAAUCAUAUAGCAAAUUGUUUGAGAUGAUAAAUGUUGCUUGAACAACUCCUAACAAAGUAGUUCACAUUAGUUCUCUGCUGUCUUAUCGUAAGCAGACUCCUAUAACUUUUCUUUGGGUUCAAGGUGGUCAGGUUAAUUCUCUGUCUGCAUCUUACCUGAAGGGCCUGCCUUCAGCUCUCAUCUCUCUUAACUCUACCAUCACAAGUCCUUCAUUUGCCCUUAAGACAACGUAUUGUCCUGAACCACCUAAUCUCUGUGUGGCUUGUGAAUGGUCUCCUGCUAAUUUCAUCACAGGAUAUUUAAUAACAGGACACAGGUUUUACUUCUAGUUUCUCUGCUUUCUCUUUGUUCUCUUCUUCCUUCUUCUCCUUCGAUUUCUCCUCUCUCUCUUGAUUGAAUAUCUAGCUUUUCACUGAUGUGAUGUUUCCAUGUUAUGGGACAGAUUACAAAUGAGAAACUCUCUGCCCACUUCUCUCUUCUCACUUAUAUGGAAUUGGAAGGUCCUUAGAAGAGCUUAAAACUAUUCAGGUCAAAGCCUACCAGCCCAUCUUCUGGUUAGAGAAUUGAGCUGCAUGGACUAUUGGGUUGUACAUAAACCUUAUGGGAAUGAAUCCUAUAUUCUUGUGGAAGUUGUCUCUGGCAAUAAUACAGGCUAUUCCUAGGAAUUCUAAUUCCUGCUCUCCAAAAAUAAUCUCUCUUUACCUAACUUCCUGAAUUCAACACUUCAAUGAAAAGAGGCUGGGGGUGGGAAGGCAGAGUGUCUAACCUAUUUAUUUAUUUAUUUAUUUAUUUAUUUAUUUAUUUGUAGCUAAAAGCAUAUUUUUAGCUUUCUUUCUUUUUUUUUUAAACAACUUCCCAAAAGGAUUUUUGGAAUCUUUGAAAAUCUCUGCUUAUUUUGAACUUUGAGCCCAUAAUUCUUUCCUGUUUCUUAUUAUCUACUUAUUUUUUGGAAAUGCUAGUUUGGGGGAAUUAAUCCAAUUAAAUUAGAGGUGUUUCCAGUUAUUCUUAGAGACCACCUCUCAUGUUAGGAAGAAAUGAUAGAAAUAAAGAAGAUUGUUUGUUGUUUCUUUUCCUUUUAAAGAUUUGAAACAAUUUGUAAUAUCUUGUAGAUAGUUUGCCAAAUUGCAUCUUGCUUUUCAGAGAGAGAGGGGGAGGUCUUGGUAUCUUAAACUGUAACAAUGGGCUUUUGAGGUUCAGUCAUGUCAAUGAAGAGACGAUAAAGCCAGGAGCGAAAUACUAGUUUCUACAACAAAUAAGCAAACAAAGAUAUUAGAACAUUUUAACUCUCUAAGUGAGACAGUGAAGUUAUGAAUAAUGCUUCUAUUUUUGAAAACUCAUUGGUUAUAUUUGGAGCUUAGCAUGGCAUUGUUGGAAUGUAUCUGUAUUGAUUAGUUACCAGCUGAUGCUCUGGUUGGUGCCCAGUAAAUGCCCCAGGGUCUGCCCCCCACCCCUUAGAUCUGUUUAAGAGCUAUGGAUUAAGGUACCUCAAGGGACCUCCAAAACUUAGUACAAGUGCUAAGGCUAUGAUUCAUCUUAAUUGUUCAUGCUUUACCAGUUUCAUGUAUAUUUCAGAUAUCAUUCUUGAUAUGUAAACAGACUUCAGGCAAUCCAGUAGUUCUAGCAUUUCUGGAUUUGGUUUCUAUUUUUGACUUUUGUUUCAGAUCUUAUAAAUCUAUUUAUUUUUUCUGUGUCUUAGUCUACUAAGGUGUAUCUGCACCCUGGGUCUGAUGAAAACAGAUUCAUAGAAAUGGUAGAUAAAUCCCAGUUUGAAUUUGUAAAGUGCUUAAAAGUUAUAAUUAUAAAUUGGUUUAUAUGGUAGCAUGUAUAUAAUUCGCAUUUUCCAUAUAUCAAACUACUCCAAAGCUUUGUGGCUUAAAACAAUAGACUUAACAACAGCAUGUGAGCAGAUUUGGUCUGAUAAAGGAUCUAUUCCAGAACUAAUCUUUUAGAGAUAGCUGACCCUGUCCAUGGAUAGAAUGCAUAGAAAAAAGAAUAUUUUAAUUUAGCCUACUUUUCAAACUCUCUUCUGUGUAGUGCAUCUUGGGAAAUGGACUCACAUUAUGGACUCUGGAUUAUAUGUGUCUGUAAAGGUAGUAGUUUGUAGAAAGUAAAAUGAUUUUGUCUCUAUUAGGUUUUUGAAAUUCUUUCCUGAGAAAAUUGUAAGUUUCAAAAUAUAAAGGAUUGUUUGCUUCUUCUAGUAUUCUUUCCCAGGCUAGUGGCCUACACAGUGUUAUUGGCUAAUCUAUAGACUCCACUGGCUAGACAGAGACAAGAAUUUCACAUUAAGCAAUGAGUACAUCAUUUUGUUUUCUUGUGACUCAGUACUUUUAGCAGUUGUUUCAAACAAUCUGAAAAAAUAAAUCUUUGUGUUAACGUGAACUCUUUCUUUGAAUUUAGAGCCAAGAACAUUGCUUUCCAUUGUGAAUUUAAAACUUAUCUCCUGUGAGAUUUGAUUAGAAAGUGCAUGUCCAACUUUGGAUCUUUUUAUAUGUAGCACAUGCGAAUUUCAUCAAGCAGUAGAUCAAUUCUAGUCAGUUGUCAAUGAAAUAUCUGGUAUUGAAAUGUGCUCAAUUUGAUAUCUGGCGAGUGUAUUAUCAAUCUUAUAACAAAUUUGCAAGUGAUUUCAGAGUAUUCAUAUUGGCUCAUUACUGACAUCAAUAACGGUUAUGUUAAACUUGGUAUUUCUCUUGCUUUUAGUAGACGUCUUGUAUCAUAGGCUAAAAAGAGGAUUUUUUUCUAAUGUAUCUGUGAGGAAAUGCUUUGAGAAUUUCUAUAUUUUUUCUCUUCCUUAUGGUAUAAAGAUGUCUUCCAAAUGCACGUGAUGGCUUUAUCUAUCAGCAAAUCAUUAAUUUUCAGAGACUUUGGAAUUGGUAGAGCAGAUCAAUCUGUUAUUCAGGAAAAUUAUCAUCACUAUACAUAGUAAUAUAAUAAUUCUCUCCCUUGCUAUUGUUGUAUAGACAUGUAUGUGAUUGUAUCUUUUCCCCUUUGGCUCAAAACUCUGAAUUCUUUGUUUCUAUCCAUAAGAGAUUUUGAAUGAUUCCUUUGUCAUGUUUAAAUUUCAUACCUGAACAUUGCCUUUUCAUUUCCACAUACCCAUCAGAUGGCAAAGUCAGUGCUUUGGAUAACAUUAGGAUUCUUUAAUAACUAAAGACAAUUCUUUUCUGUGGAUAUCUCCAUCAAUUAUAUUUCUUGCAGCUGUUACUUCUCCACACACAUAAGGCAGCAGAGCUCUUGUAGUAUUCUCUGUGUGCAUAUAGAUUAAAUUUUGAUUAAUAAUAAGAACAAUAGAAGGAGAAGGAGCAGGAGAAGGAGAAGAAGAAGGAGGAGGAGGAGGAGGAGGAGGAGGAGGAGGAGGAGAGCAACAACAAGAACGACAACAAUGACAAUAACAAGGGUUUUCUAAACAUUUGUUAGCCAGAACAUAGAACAACAACAACAAUGACAAAAACAACAAGGGUUUCCUAAACACUUGUUAGCCAGAACAUAGGCAUAUCCACUGCUUGAUGAGGGUAGCUUCAUUGACUGCUCUAUUUUUAGGGAUUUCUAUGGGAAGACCACAAAAAAAUAUGUGUGUAUUUAAUGAGAGAAGAUAAGAGUAGUCAAAAGUUAUUUCCUGAAUUUACCUUCUAUUUUCUUUUAGAACAUUUAUUUAGCUUCUCAUAAAGGAACACAUAGUAUAUUUAUAGUUCACUUAUUGUGUGUUCUUCACCUAGUGAUAUGGUUGCUAAUAUUAAAAAGUCAAAGAAAAAAAUGCCAAGAAAGAGAGGUUACAGGGACCCUUACUGAAGGAUCUGGAGAGAAUUUGCAAUGUGAAUUAUUUGUCAAAAACAAUUGGACAGACUUUCACUUAUCUUCUGUAUCCUUUGCCAUGUUGAUAAUACUGUUAGACAUCUUUUCAUAUCACCAUGAAAUGUGAAAAAUCACAUUCUAAAAGCAAAAGGGGAGCAGGAAACUGUUCUUUUGGACCACUUAUUGUCAUAGUGCCUUCAUCUGCAUGGCUGUCCUAUUCAUGAGCUCUUCCAUGCCUCAAUCUUUCCUCUCUGAUGGUUGAGACCAUUGAAUUUUGAUCAUCCUGUUUAUCCAGUGGUGGCUGAAGUAUCUGAACUGAUACUAGAAGCUCUGAAGAAACAGGCCCUGACAUGCAAAUCCAACUCACUAAUCCUGUUACGGUAUAUUUAAACCUUUGCUAAUUUAUUUUGGAAAAUGUGGCAAGAUUGGACCCAGACCCUAUUCUUUUCUAUUUCUUGUGUUUUCUUUAAAAUCAUCCCUACAGAAGAAUAAGUUUUGUAUGAUAAACAGUAUUCACUUAAAAUGUACAUGUCAGUGAAUUUUGACAAAUGUAUAUACCCAUGAAUCCACCAUUACAGUCAAGGUGCAGACAUCUUAUCCCUGACUCCAGCAACAAAUUAAAUCUGCAUUUUGUCACUAUGGACUACUUUGGAAUUUCUAGAAUUUUAUAUAAAUGGAACCAUACACUAUGGACUCUUUUGUUUCUGCCUACUUUCACUCAGCAUAAUGCUUUUGAUUCAUGUUGUGGCAUGUAUCAGUAGUUGGUUUCUUUUUAUCGCUGAGUACUAUUUCACUGUAUGGAUAUGCCACAUUCUGUUUAUCCAUUCACCUGUUGGUGGACAUUUAGGUUUUCUAAGCCCUAUUUUGAUGUUUUUCACCAAAUUGUUUUCAGUGCCACCUGCUAAUUGUUUCAUGUCCUUAGAACUCAAUUUCAUCUUUUGUCAUUUACUAUAAUACUUGGAUAUGUAUUUUCUCUGUACACUACAGGAAAAUAACAGACGAUUAAAAGUUAACAAGAUAUGUAUAUUUAAAUUGAAUUACUUAGUAUUUAAAAAUUCAGUUCUUAAUGAUUUAUUUCCCAAAGGAAAUUGGUUCUAAUCAAGAAUGCACAAUCUUUUCUUCCAGAGGUCACUUUUAUCUCUAGGCCAUUUGUCACUUUGAUGGCAGCAAUGAUGAGGAUUUCUGUAGAAAUACAUGUUGACGUAUAAGUAGACCAGCAGUAUGCUGACAGAGCACUUCUUUGUUUGAAGAAACAGUACAUGACAUUUAAAUGGAUUUUAGUUACAAGAGUUGAUAAGUGAAAUGAAGAGUUUUCUAUAUUCCCCAUUUAAAAUUAAGCUCUUUGAGACUUUCAUUAGAUUUCUUUUUCUUUCCUUUCCUUCCUUCCUUCAUCCCUCCCUCCCUUCCUUCCUUCCAUCCAUCCAUCCUUCCUUCCUUCCUUUCUUUUUUUCCUUCCUUCCUCUUUUUUUUCCUUCCUUCCUCCCUCCC